CACUUCCCACCCUUUUUUACCGCUUUUUAAAGGCGCUACACUACAAGGCCUCUCCCCCCCGCUGCCGACUGCCGUCUUGCUCUCCCUCCCUCCCAACCCCCCACUCUCCCCGCUCCUCCUGCGAGGGCUCGGCGAGGGGUGGCUGGGCCUGAGCGCGGGCAUGGACGCCACCGCCUUCCCCUACGGGCUGCGCGUCCUCGUCGUGGACGACGACCCCACCUGGCUCAAGAUCCUCGAGAAGAUGCUCAGGAAGUGUUCCUACGAAGAUUCGAUUUGAAAAACACUUAUUGGUUCCUUUGGCACACCAAUUAUCGGUUUAUAACCACUGAAUGGUCUGCUUCUCAAGAAAUUUGGCUGCUGAUCCGAUAUAUCAUGUCACCACAUGUGGCCUGGCAAGAGUUGCUCUGGAUAUUCUCCGGGAGAGGAAAAACAAGUUCGACAUUGUAAUUAGCGAUGUCAACAUGCCUGAUAUGGAUGGUUUCAAGCUUCUGGAACACAUUGGACUUGAGAUGGAUCUUCCUGUUAUAAUGAUGUCCAUUGAUGGUGAGACAAGUAGGGUGAUGAAAGGUGUCCAGCAUGGUGCUUGUGAUUACCUCCUUAAACCUGUUCGAAUGAAGGAGCUCCGCAAUAUUUGGCAGCACGUGUAUAGGAAGAAAAUGCAUGAGGUUAAAGAGAUCGAAGGUAAUGAUAGCUGCGACGAUCUUCAAAUACUAAGAAACAGUUUUGAGGGACUGGAUGAGAAGAGCCUUUUUAUGAGAUCUGACUCUGAUACCAUGAGGAAGAGAAAAGAUGUGGACAAAGACCAUGCAGAUCAGGAGUCAAGCGAUGGCAACACUGUUAAAAAGGCUAGAGUUGUUUGGUCUGUUGAUCUUCACCAAAAGUUCGUAAAUGCUGUCAACCAAAUUGGAUUUGACAAAGUUGGACCAAAGAAAAUACUGGACUUGAUGAAUGUUCCUGGCUUAACAAGAGAAAACGUUGCUAGCCAUCUACAGAAAUAUCGCCUCUACCUGAGUAGGUUGCAAAAGCAGAAUGAGGAAAGGAUAUUAGGCGCUGCUAGGCAAGAUUUCAGUCACAAGGGAACAUCAGAAAACCUUAACCUCCGAAGUUCCUUCCAAGAGCAACCAAGCAACAUAGCAAAUGGAUAUCCGCAUGCUUCUCAGAAUAUACAAACUCAGGCCAACAUGCUAGAUUCUCAGCUAGAGGACACCAAGAGCACAGUGCCCUUGCCUGUGCCAGAUAAAAAAAGAACUCUAGCAAGUGAUGCUGCUGACUCACAGAAUGUCACCAGUGCUUCAAGUUUAGGUGGGGUUCUGUCUUUCAAAAGCAUGCCGGUGAAUCAGGACAGGAAGCCAUCAGAAACAAUGAUCUUGGAAUGCCAGGCCUGGACCGGAGGCAUUCCAUCGAAGCAGUUCAUGCAGUAUCCAAAGCAUAACCAUGAACGCUGUGACCUAUUAGGGGAUUAUUCAUGCCUGCCAAAGCCAGACUUAGAACACCCAGUUGGCCCUAGUAAUCUGUAUGCUCCACCACCUCUUAUCUCAAUGAGUUGCGGUAUGGAGGGGGAUGCCAGAGACUUCUCAGACGUGAAGCCAGCUAUUAUGGACUGCAUCAAGUCCUUAUCACCGGCGUUGACAUGUACAGUGGAUUCAGUUUCUGUUCAACUUAGCGACAGUGUGGUGACCUCGAUUGACGGUGACCUGAAGUCUUCCGGUGUGGACGGGUUGCCCAGCAUUAAAGAUUGUUGCCUUGAUCAGACGAACAGCCAAGGAAGUUUGCGUCCUUCGCAAGAGCCAAGUAUCAUAGGCAGCACAGAGUUGGCUUCUCUGCCUGAGGACUUACCCAGUUAUCCACUUCACGGUGUCUCCCUUGAGAAUAUAGGACUGAGUAGCAUUGACUUACUAAACUACAGUGACGCAAUGAUACUAUCCGGACUACAAAGUAACUGGUAUGAUGAUCUAGAGUUUAGCAGCGAAAUGAUGGACUAUCCAUCGAUAGAUGAAUGUCUCUUUGCAUCAUCCUGAGCUGCCGCCCUUCUUUCGACAAUGCUAUUUUGCGAGGAAGGAUGAUGUUCUUUGGUAUGUUCCCAUAUAGCUCCUCUUGUAGGGCUAUAGUCAGCUAACUUGAUCCUACGGUGGAAGGAUUUAAUUGUAGUAUCUCCACUUUUGAUAAAUGUCUGUAUUAUAGACUGUGCCAUGGUAUAAGCUAUAUACCUUUUGAAUGAUCUUUUGAUCUUCUAAACUGCAUAUAUAAAGACUACCCCCUUACACAACUAA